GCAACCAUCGUCGCGCGGGUGACAGCCGGGAGCGAAGAGGUCGGAGGCCAAAGGUGGCCCCGGGAAAAGAUGGCGGCGGCGUGGGGCUUGCUCCUGUCCGCUAGCGGCUCAGCCGCUCCCAGGGGGGCCCUCAGCGGCUCCAGCCAGGGCUGACCCUUCGUGGCGGUCGGAGCCGCCUCCUUCGGCUGACGCCUUGGGGGCCGCCCGCGCGUGUCAGCAUCCUUUAGGGGAGGCAAAAAGUGGAUCAGGAUCUACUGAUGGAUCUCUGGGUAAUUUGCAGUAGACCAAGAAAACUUGGGAGCCAUGGUGUCAUGGAAAGGGAUUUACUUUGUACUUGCACUAUUCUUGGGAAGCUUUUUUGGAAGUAUUUUCAUGCUCGGCCCUUUGUUGCCAUUGAUGUUUGUUUCCCCGGCUUGGUAUCGCUGGAUCACUGAUCGUGUUGUGGCUACCUGGCUUACACUUCCAGUGGCUUUGCUGGAGAUCGUGUUUGGAGCAAAGGUGGUCAUAACAGGUGAUGGAUUCAUCCCCGGAGAAAGAAGUGUCAUUAUCAUGAACCAUCGAACACGAAUGGAUUGGAUGUUUCUGUGGAACUGCCUGCUGAGAUAUAGCUACCUCAGACUUGAAAAGAUAUGUCUCAAAUCUAGUCUCAAAGGCAUUCCAGGAUUUGGUUGGGCCAUGCAGGUUGCUGCCUUCAUUUUCAUUCAUAGGAAAUGGGAAGAAGACAAAAAUCAUUUUGGAAAUAUGCUGGAUUACUUUUGCGACAUUCAUGAACCUCUGCAGCUUCUCAUCUUUCCUGAAGGAACUGAUCUUACAGACAACACCAAAGCCCGCAGUAAUGAAUUUGCUGAAAAGAAUGGACUUCAGAAAUACGAAUAUGUCUUGCACCCGAGAACUACAGGCUUCACUUUUAUAGUGCAACGUUUAAGAGACGCUAAUAACCUUGAUGCUAUCCAUGACAUCACAGUGGCAUAUCCUCAAAACAUUCCACAAACAGAGAAGCAUCUUCUAUAUGGACAGUUCCCAAAGGAAAUUCAUUUUCAUGUCUGCAGGUAUCCAGUACAGGCUCUGCCAGCCUCUCUAGAGGAACUGCAGCUCUGGUGUCAGAAGCGUUGGGAAGAGAAAGAAGAACGGCUUCGUUUGUUCUAUGAAGGCAAAAAAUACUUUGAUGCAACAGGGAGAAGCAAAAUUCCACCUUGUAAAUCUGAGCUCAGGGUCAUGUUUGUUAAGAGCAUUUCACUCUUGUACUGGACAUUUUUCACACUGGCUGUGUUUGUGCUUCUAUACUUGUACAGCUUUGUACGGUGGUAUUUUGUGACUGUAGUUGUCGUUUUUGUUGCGCAACACAAACUUUUUGGUGGGCUCGAACUUAUGGAACUUGCAUGUCAUCGAUUUUUUAGUAAACUGAAUUCACACAAUUCAAACAGAGACUAAAUUUAUCUGGUGUGCAGUAGGAAGGGAGGGGGGUUCAGUUUGUGGAUACUUUUCAGAAGUACCGCUGACUUCACUAACGGGGGAGGGCGGGGGGGAGAUGUUGCAUGAGAAUCAGUCUUUUUUUACUGCUGUUGUUGGUUAAUACACUUGGCACUUAUAUUACAAAAGGAAAAAGGUAGGUAAGUUUUUAUUUUUGAAUGUAUUUCCAAUGUUUCUCUUGCCGGCAGCUAGCAUCUGCAAUGUAGCUACAAAACAAUUUGCUGACCAAUCAAACCUGUAGCCAUUGUAGCUCUAAAUAUCUAGAAAAUUAUGAAGCUAAAAGUAGUGGCCUGUGAUUUCCACACAGCCUUGCCAUAAAUAAAGUGUGAGAUUUGAAAGUCCCAGCUCAUUACAUGAUUAAUAUUUUAUUCUCUUUUAUUCUUUCUCCCUAUCUCUUGCAGAGAGAUAAUAGGUUGUACAGUUACCAUCAUUAGCAUCAGCAAAUUUUCUGGCUUAUGAAAUGAGAAAACAAAACCAAGGAUCUUAAUUUGGAUCCAUUGUGUUCCUUUUUGACAUCUGUCUUCUGUCUCUUAACUGAACUCUUACAACUUGAACACUGCAACCCUACUUUGAAGCAAGUUUCACUAAAAAUCAGUAGGAUUUAUCUCUAAGUAAAUGUGAUGGGAAACAGUUUUACUGUAUCUGUAUUCACUGCAUUCACAGGCACUGUUGUCACCACAAAUGUUUAGCCAGCAUCCCACCUCACUCAGACUGAACAUAUCCAAGUCCAAUGAAUGGAUUGUCCAUAUUCAGAGCAUAACCCAUCUCGGGUUCAGAACUGGGCUGAUCACGAGACAGGGAAUUCUAUCCAGAAAAAUGUUAAAGGAGAAGAAAACAGGCAAAACUAUUGGGCAAGUUCACUUAGCAUGGAACCUUGGGUGAAUUCAAGCUCUGCGGAAUGUUCCUCAGCCCUAUGAGCACACACACUCCCCACUCCCAUCUCUGCACAAGAGUCUGCUUCCUUUCUAAAUCAGAAUAAGCCAAGAUUAGUCAUGGUGUCCCAGCCCACCAGUCUCUGAUUACCUCUUAGGUGCUUGCUUUGGAGAAGCUCAUCUAAGAACUGAAACUUACUUGAGCGCUCCUGUUCAGAUCUUGGGUUCUCUGAAGCAAGUACCCAAGAGGUAUGCCAGGAUUGGUGGGUUUAGAUAUCACUACCAACCUCAGUUUAUCUUAACCUAGAAAGGAAGGAGAUGCUUGUGUGGGGAUGGGAGAGGGAACUGCACACUCCUGGAACUGAGGCAAAACCAGCAAGGAAAACCUACCAAUACAUACUUUUUAAAGGCAUACAAAUUAAGAUGCUUAGAAAUGUUUCCUCCCGUUUGAAAAGUCUGAUUGGUUUCCACACUGAACUAUGGCCUGAAUAGAUUUCAGUGUUACUAUGAAAAAUUUCAUCUCCAUGAGAAUGCUGAGGGAUUUGAGAUUGUAAUUAAUAUUAUUUUCUGUAGUUGAAAUUUCAUUUGUCUGCUUAGUUUUGUCACUUAAAAUGCCUUUUUAGUGGGGAAGACAGCAUACUGCAACAAGAAGCCUCUCUUUUCAUUCUCAAGGCCUGUUUAAGCAGGCCCACAAGUAAACUCGUAGGGUUCCCCAUUUGAUUUAGUGAGCUGGGAGUACAUGUACUCCUUGAAAUUGAUUUCCUGUCUUAGUCAUAUGUCAUCUUAUGACUAAGCAUUUCCCCCCUCUUCAGUGCUUUUCCCCACCUCUUAGCAUUAGAGCAAACUCUUGUGAGGACUAUAUUUGUCUCCAAAUCCUUUCAGAUUGUAGGCUGAAGCAGUUUUCUUCUGUGCACUGAAUAUUAGUAAUACCAGAGCCAUAAGCCAUGAUGUAAAAUAUUCUGUGUGUGGAUCGUAUUAAAUGUCAUGUCUGCUUCCACGUGUUUCUUCAACCUCUGUUGGUUCUGCAAUGCAUUUUGUCAAUCCAUUUUAUAAAUAAACUGUAUUAAACCAGGAUACAAGCAUAUGAAAGGUCUCCACAAUGGCCUUAGUUUUGAGAUUUUACCAAACUAUUAGAGUGUUUUAUCCAGGAAUGAACAAUUUGCUCUACAGAAAAAAUAAAGAAUUUAAAAUACA